AUGCCUUUUUCAUUUCUUUCUAACAAAUUUAAACCCAAAAAAGGACCAACCAGAAAAGCUGCGUCCCUAUCUAAUUUGAAUUUGAGCGCGGAGGAGAGAAAGAUAGAUUUCAGACCGGAUGACGGAAACAUAAAAGUGAGAUUAGGAGAGAACAUUCUACACUUCGAGAGAGGAGAUUGGGUGGCCGAUGGAGAUGAACCGACAAACAACAAAGAAAUGAAAAGAUUGAAAAAGCAAUUGCAACAAACGAUUGAAGAGAAAAAUUUUUUAACAAUAAAAGUCGAACUACUACUUGACAUGCUGGCCAAACGAACGGCCGAAAAUCAGAUGCAAAAUAUUCUAAUUGAAGAACUCAAAAAACAAAGAACAACACGAUGA